AGAAAGCAGAGAAAGCUAUUGAUUUGGUUAUGAACUCGAAUCUUUGAGAAUUAUUGCAGUUAUAGUAGCAAAUAGCAAGUAAAUAUGGAGUGGAUUGUUAUCAAGAUUUUGCUCCUUGGUAGUUUAGUAAGUUCACAGGUAUCAGGUGGUGACGAUCUCCUGGACUCAUCACAGAUCCUCUGGUCCAAAUUAUUGAAUGGAAGUUUAUCAGAGACGGGUCCACUGGAUCCUCUCCUCGUGCCACUCGUGAAAGUCGAUCAAUCUCAAGGACACGUGUCGUAUCGAAUGAUUCUGAGUGAUGUGGAGAUCACCGGUUUGAACGAAUCCACAAUCGAGAGUGUGCACAUCGGUAGAGGAAGUGCCAAAAGUCAUUUGAGUGAGUACGAAUCUGGUUAUGUCAGCUACUCCGAAGCUGGGAAAUUGAAUGCCAUCAGGUACAGAUUCCACACAGCUGGCAAAGCACCAAGGAUUCCGGACUCUGAAGAAUUGAAAGUCAAACCGAUCGAUGAGAGUGAUGCCGAUCGACGCAUCGAUAACAAUAGGUUCAGAGGAAAUGAAUUCAGAAGAGCCAACGGAGACGGUAGCGAAAGUAGUCAGCAAUUCUCACAGAUCCGCAUUUAUGCUGAUGAAUCUCGAGCUCCGAUUCAAGGACGACGAAAUUACCAGUCGCAUCCGGUAUAUUAUCCUUCAGGGACUUACCAAAAUCAGAAUCAGAGGCAGAAAAACAAUCAAGAUUAUCAGACCCAAAGAGAAUCUGUUCAUGACAGAAAUGAGAACCCUCAAUUUGGAAAUCUCAGAAGUUCACAGCAACAGAAGUACUAUGAGAGUCAGGAUAAUCAGAGACGUGACUCGCAGUAUCAGAUUCGUCAACCCUAUCAAAGCAGUCAGCGGACUACGGCCGAGGACCACAACACUCAGAGACAACAUGCGGAGGAGACGAGAUAUUAUCAGCGGUUUUCUGGAACUCCGGACAGUCAGAGAGAAUAUUCUGAGACAAUUCGUCUUCAAGGACAAUAUUCAAGGCCCCAGAGCAAUCAACAGAGUUAUGAUGAUCAGUCUUUCAACCAACAUGCUGGAGUUAAGACCUCCAGGGUGCAACCAGCGCGUUAUUCUAAUCAGAACCAACCAAAAAGUGACGCUGACAAUGCAGACUGCUCGGAAUCUCAAUUCGGUUGCAUCUAUCGGAGGCCUGGCAACUCUCAACGAUUCAAUUCAGAUGAAUUUGAAAAUCGAAAUAGAGAAAACUUCGGUGCUCAGUCGAAAUACACUGAGACAAGGGGAAAAUUCAGUACUGGAGGGGGAAAUACAGCUCGAGUCAGGUAUGCAGGAAGUAAUGGUCCCAUUGAUGCUAGAUUGCCUGCGGAUAAUUCUCACGGUAGAUUUGGCGAAGCAGAUAGGAAUCAGCAGUUCUCUGAAAAACUGGAGAAUCAGUCAGGUUAUAUUGAUAUUAUCUAUAUUGACAAUGGCAAUCGUAACAAAAAUGAGAAAAAUAGAAUGAGACAUUUCGGAAACUUGAGGAUUGACAGUACCACUGACACGACUGUUUACAGUUUUGAAGAUGCUGUGAGGGAUCUUGAGAGUCACAGAAGAUUCAUAAUUCACAAUUUCACUGAAGGUGAGUCAUUACUGAAGAAAAACGAUAGGAUCAGACUGGCGGAGGAGACGAGGAGAAUCGAGGAUUUAAUCAGAUACGCUAAGAGUCAUCAAGAGAAGGAAGGAUACUUUGAGGAGGGAAUGGAGAUAAUUUAUCACUAUCCUAGUGAUGAUAAUAGUAAUUCCAGUGCAAUCGAAAGUAGAAGAUUGAAACGAGCACACGAGGAAAAGGAUGAUGAAGAUGACAUUAUACACCUAGUGGUGAAGAUACGAGUGCCCUCAAUGCGAGUUAAGGCAGGAUAUGUUCUGAUGGGCAAAGUGGAGGAACAAGUUUUACGAGGAGAUGGACGACUUGAUGGAAACUUUACUGAGCUCAUUGGUGAUUUUACUGUUGAGCUGAAGAAGACCGGGGAUAAUAGAAUGAUUGUGAGAACUGCUAGAGCCAAACUUGAAGCUGCUCAUCAAAAUGUUAAUCUUGAAGGGAUGGAUGAAAAAGGACCUGUUGAGGAAAUCUUGAAACAAGGUUUAGUAGCCGCCGAAGCAGUGGCAGCAAUGUUGGCUGAUGACUUGGCUACCAAAGCACUUACCGAUAAAACUUCAGACUCCAUUAUUUAUAAAUUGUACAGAGAAUUACCGGAAUAAUGUCACGCAUUAAUGUCACUUCAUGUCUUAUUUCUCCAUUCAGUCAAUUCAAUUAUUUAUUUGCUUAUAAACCCAGCAAUUCGAAUGAAUUUUAUAAUUUUUCGAA